AUGGCUGAUAUCAGGGUCCAGAGCUUGAAGCAGCCAGUCAAGGUGGUCCAGUAUCUGUACCGCCGUCUCCAUGAGCUAGGUGUCCGUUCCGUCCAUGGCCUUCCAGGCGACUACAACCUAGUGGCACUCGACUACCUGCCAGAAUGCGGGCUGAAGUGGGUGGGCAGUGUCAAUGAAUUGAAUGCAGCAUAUGCUGCUGAUGGUUAUGCCCGCGUCAAGGGAAUAGCGGCCCUGAUCACCACGUUUGGCGUGGGUGAACUUUCGGCCAUCAAUGGCGUUGCCGGUGCUUAUUCGGAGAUGAUUCCUGUCGUUCAUAUUGUCGGCUGCCCUUCAACCAUAUCCCAGCGCAAUGGAAUGCUGUUGCAUCAUACUCUCGGCAACGGCAACUUUGAAAUCUUUUCCAACAUGAACACGGAGAUCUCAUGCGCAGUAGCUAAGCUGAAUCGCCCCUCUGAAAUUGCGGACCAGAUUGAUCAUGCUCUGCGCGAGUGCUGGAUCCGAUCGCGGCCGGUGUACAUUACACUUCCCACAGACAUGGUCAAUAUUGAGAUCGAAGGCGCUCGGUUGGAAACGCCGAUUGACCUCUCCGAGCCCGAGAAUGACCCUGAGAAGGAAGACUAUGUCGUGGAUGUCGUCUUGAAAUAUCUCCGAGCAGCCAAGCACCCCGUCAUUCUUGUCGAUGCGUGCGCGAUCCGCCAUCGUGUCCUCGACGAGGUUCUUGCGCUUUCUGAGAAGACCGGCCUUCCCACCUUCGUGACGCCUAUGGGAAAGAGUGGAAUUAACGAGACGCUGCCUAAUUAUGGCGGCGUAUAUGCAGGUGUUGGAUCCCACCCCCCUGGAGUCCAGGAUAUCGUCGAAUCUUCUGACCUCGUUCUUUCCAUCGGCGCUCUCAAGAGUGAUUUCAAUACUGCGGGGUUCUCAUACCGAACAUCGCAACUCAACUCAAUCGAACUGCACAGCGAUCAUUGUGUUGCUCGCUACUCUCAUUAUCCUGGGGUUAGGAUGAGAGGCGUGUUGCGAAAGUUGACUAGCACGAUCAAGGCUGAGGAGCUCUCCGCCCAACCAAGUCCAUCUGUGGACAACGAGGUUAAAAAGAACCUGGACAGUUCGCCAACAAUUACCCAGGCAUGGUUCUGGCCCCGCGUGGGAGAGUUCCUUCACAAGGGAGACAUUGUUGUGACAGAGACUGGCACUGCCAACUUCGGCAUCUGGGACACCAAGUUCCCUCCCGACGUCACGGCACUCAGCCAGGUGCUCUGGGGAAGUAUCGGGUGGUCCGUUGGCUCCUGUCAGGGCGCUGCACUUGCAGCCAAGGAUGCCGGCGUAGAUCGUCGAACUAUCCUGUUCGUCGGUGACGGGUCAUUUCAACUCACUGUCCAGGAAGUGAGCACCAUGCUUCGCCAUGGUUUGAAACCUAUCAUCUUUGUAAUUUGCAAUGAUGGUUUUACCAUUGAGAGGUUCAUUCACGGCAUGGAGGCCGAAUACAACGACAUCGUGGCCUGGGACUUCAAGGGCGUUGUAGAUGUUUUUGGGGGACGGGGUAAAAGUCGCACUUUCACCAUCAAGACCAAGGACGAGUUGAACAAUCUUCUUACCGAUGAGGAGUUCAAUGCUGCCAAAACUCUUCAGUUUGUCGAGUUGUACAUGCCCAAGGAGGAUGCUCCACGUGCGUUGGUUAUGACCGCAGAAGCAAGCGCGCAGAAUAAUGCCAAGACGGAGUGA